AUGUGUGGAUCUGAAUUCAAUAAACAAAGCAAGGUAGAGCUUGAGACUAGAGAGCGCUCCUCAGCCAAGCAGAUGGCCAAAGAGAGAGAUGGAGGAGGGACGGACGGACAGACUGAGGCCACCCCUCACCUGCCCAGGAGCUCUGUCGCUUUCCAUUCUCGGGGUGGCGGCGUGCCGCUCCUCCGCUCUCUGGCCAGUUCCAAAGGAAGCGAUAGGCCACACUCCCGGCUCAAGGUCGCCUCCCGCGGGAGCCGAAGCUGUGACACCGAUCCGCCCUCCGGGUCGGAAGCCCCGCGUGCGCUUCGCCGGCUAAAGCUCGCGGCCCUUCAAUUGACAGCAGUCCCGCAGGGGCCUGUCCAGCGGCCGAGCGCUUCCGCGGCGAGACAGUCUCCAGGCAAGCGCCGGGGCGGCCAGAGAAACUGGGCUUCCUUUGUAUUUACUGGCAGGCAGCGGCGCGGGGGGCCUGACGCAAGCCCGUCUUUUGCAAUCGGCGCGCUCCGAAGGCGGGCUACGCCGGGCCAGAGGGAGAAUCGACCGACGUUCCGAAAUACCGAAAAGGACAAGGGCGGUUUCCUGCACUCGGCCCGCCAAAGACUGCUUCAAAAGCACGUUCGGCCCGCUUCAUUGGUAUUUUUAAGUGCUGUUUCUUUAUGUGGCUGUCAGGACCUGCCUCCCUUUGGACUGAGAGCAGGACAAUCCGGGCCCGGUGCAGAGGGAUGCUGGUCACCGAACAUCCAGACUGUCUGUGACUGCUUGAAGAGUGUUGGGGGCACCCAACUAAUAAAGGUAAAAUCUCUGGAUACUUGGUUAUUUGGCGUUUACUCUGUGACGUACGUGGUGGAGAGUCAGACCAAGUUUCCCAAAAUAAAUAACAUGAUGCCAACACAAAGAUAA